CGUGUGCCCAUCGUCAACAGUGAAAGUUUCCGUCGAUCAUCCCGACCACCGAGCGGUAAAAACGGUAUAAAAACCGGCAAACUGAUCAUCGAAGGCACACUCAUCUCUCAGCGUGUCCCGAAUCAAGCACAAAAUGCGCGUCUUUCUCCUCUGCCUCUUGGCCGUCGGCGCCUUCUCCAAAGAAGCCGACAAGAACAAUUCGAGACGUAGCGCCUACGUCGACGCCUCCAGCAGCUCAUCCGCGGACAUCAUCUCCAGCAACUCUUACCCUACAAGGUACGCCGACAGCGGAAUCAUCAGCAACGGUUACAGCAGCGGACUCGUCGGCAACGGCUACAACACCGGACUGAUUAAUACCUACGGCAGUGGAAUCGUCGGCAACGGCUACAGCAGCGGAAUCGUCGGCAACGGCUACAGCAGCGGAAUCGUCGGGAACGGCUACAGCAGCGGAAUCGUCGACAAUGGCUACAUCAGUGGACUCAACAACGGUUAUGCCAGCGGAAUCAUCGCCAAUGGCUACGGCAACGGAUUCGUCAACAAUGGCUACGGUGUCUACAACGGUGGAUUGUCCAACACCAUCGUCGGAGCUCGUCAAGUGUCGAGCAGCGCUGAGCCGAUCACAGGAACAGUGAUAAACCGAGUCGUCGAAGUCGGAGUGCGAGUUCCACACCCGGUCGAAGUCACGAGGACGGUUCCAGUCCGCGUUCCUCAGUUAGUACCAGUGGAGUACAGACGUCCGGUCCCGGUUCCUGUGGCCCAGCCGGUUCCCGUUCAGGUGACCAGGUCUUACCCAGUGCCCGUCGACAGGCCCGUUCCCGUCUUGGUCCCUCAAGCAGUCCGCGUUUCGUACCCGGUACCGGUUCCAGUCGCAGUUCGUCAAGCCUACGGAGUCCCGGUUGCCGUCGAGGCAAAUUCCGCCCUUAACUCCGGUGUCGUCAGCUACGCUGCACCCUUCGCUAACUUCAACUCAGGAAUCGGAUCUUACGUGGGUCAGAACUCGAUUGGACUCGCUUCUGCAGGCUCGAUUUCCGGACUCGCCAGUGACAGCUACAGGAGCUCGGGAUACUCCGGAGUCCAGAGUUCGUACGUUGCUGGGAAUUCUGACAGAGCGGGAUACACUUACAACGUACCCAGCAAGAAGUGGUAGAGAAAUGAUUACCUUUGAACGAGGCUAAUAGAAAUACGAACCCUUG